UUUGUAUCACCAGCGUCCUCUAAUACAGGAUUUGAUGUCGGAUAGUCUGUACAUAACAACAGAGCCGUUGCUUACGCAUUGGCCCUUCAACAAAUUGAGAGGGAAAGCACUUGCAAAGACAAUGGAGCACAUCCACUAUGAAGAUGAAAUUAGUCGGUACAUUACCAUUGGAUGUGUCGAGAAGGUUUUAUGCAUGCUUUGUUGUUGGCUGGAAGAUCCUAAUGGUGAUUAUUAUAAGAAGCAUCUUGCUAGGAUCCCAGAUUACAUCUGGGUUGCUGAAGAUGGAAUUAAAAUGCAGAGUUUUGGCAGUCAACAAUGGGACACAAGUUUUUCAAUUCAAGCAAUAUUGGCUUGUAAUAUGCUUGAAGAAACAGGGGAAGUUCUUAGAAAAGGCUAUGAUUUCAUAAAGAAAUCACAGGUGAAGGACAACCCUUCUGGUGAUUUUAAAAAGAUGUUCAGGCACAUUUCUAAAGGAUCUUGGACUUUCUCUGAUCAAGAUCAUGGUUGGCAAGUCUCAGAUUGCACAGCAGAAGGGUUUAAGUGUUGUCUGUUGCUGUCUCAAUUGCCACCCGAAAUUGUUGGUGAAAAACAUGAGGCUGAAAGAUUGUAUGAUGCUGUGAAUGUCAUGCUUUCAUUACAGAGUAAAACUGGAGGUUUAGCAGCUUGGGAGCCAGUAAAAGCAGGGUCUUGGCUAGAGCUUCUUAAUCCUACAGAGACCUUUGCUGAUAUUGUAAUUGAACACGAGUAUGUAGAAUGCACAGCAGCAUCAAUCCAGGCUUUUGUGUUAUUCAUGAAAUUAUAUCCAAGACACCGCAAAAUGGAGAUUGAAGUUUUCAUCCAAAACGCAGUUCGUUUCCUUGAAGAUAUCCAAUUGCCAGAUGGGUCAUGGUAUGGGAAUUGGGGGGUUUGCUUCACAUAUGGGACAUGGUUUGCGCUGGGAGGGUUGGUAGCAGCGGGGAAGACAUACAACAAUUGUGUAGCCAUCCGUAAAGGUGUUGAAUUUUUGUUGUCGUCCCAACGAGACAAUGGAGGUUGGGGAGAGAGUUACCUUGCUAGUCCCCUCAAGAAAUAUGUACCACUAGAAGAGAAUCGAGCCAAUUUGGUGCAUACUUCAUGGGCCAUGAUGGGUCUAAUUCAUUCCGGCCAGGCCGAGAGAGACCCAAGAGCUCUACAUCGUGCUGCAAAGUUGCUGAUCAAUUCCCAAAUGGAAAAUGGAGAUUUCCCUCAAGAGGAAAUUACUGGAGUUUUCAUGAAGAAUUGCAUGUUACAUUAUGCAGCCUACAGGAAUAAAUUUCCAUUAUGGGCACUUACAGAAUACCAUAACAAAGUCAAAUUGCCAUCUAAUAAAGAAAAUUAAAAUUAAAAUUCUCUC